AUGCGGAGAGUCAUCAGGACUGCCUUGCACAACAUGGACAGGGAAGCCAGAGAGCAUUAUUCCGUUGUCAUUCAAGCCAAAGAUAUGGCUGGGCAGGUCGGAGGGCUGUCAGGGUCAACAACUGUAAAUAUCACACUCACUGAUGUCAACGACAAUCCACCCAGGUUUCCUCAGAAACACUACCAGCUGUAUGUUCCUGAGUCAGCUCAAGUUGGAUCAGCAGUUGGCAAAAUCAAAGCAAAUGAUGCAGACACUGGCUCAAACGCAGACAUGAAGUACACAAUUAUCAAUGGCGAUGGCUCUGGGGUGUUCUCCAUAUCGACUCCACUCAACUAUGAAAAAAAGAAAUCAUAUACACUUAAUAUAGAAGGAGCAAAUACUCACCUUGAUUUCCGCUUUUCUCACUUGGGACCAUUCAAAGAUGUAACAAUGUUGAAGGUCAUCGUUGGCGAUGUGGAUGAACCUCCACUCUUCUCUAUGCCUUCUUAUGUCAUGGAAGUUUAUGAAAAUGCGAAGAUUGGAACUCCUGUUGGCACAGUAACAGCACAAGAUCCUGACACUGCAAACAGUUUAGUGAGAUAUUUCAUUGAUCAUAACACAGAAGAAGAUAGGUAUUUCACCAUUGAUGCUAGUACUGGGACCAUUAAGACUGCCAAGAUCUUUGACAGAGAGGAGACACCUUGGUACAACAUCACAGUGGCUGCUUCUGAGAUAGACAAUCCUGGGCUGGUGAGCCAUGUUCCAGUUGGUGUUAGAAUCCUGGAUGUCAAUGACAAUCCUCCAGAGCUUGCCAGAGAUUAUGAUGUAGUCGUCUGUGAAAAUGCAAAACCUGGUCAGGUAAUUCAGACUAUCACUGCAACUGACAAAGAUAACUCAGCAAAUGGGGCAAGAUUCCAUUUUUCCCUUGAUGAAGGGCUUUCUUUGAAUCCCAACUUUACUCUAAGGAACAAUGAAGAUAAUACAGCCAGUAUUGUGACAAGACGAAGGAGAUAUAGUCGAACCACUCAAGAUGUUUAUUACCUGCCAGUUUUGAUUUCUGAUGGUGGAGUGCCCCCUCUCAGCAGCAGCAGUACCCUCACCAUUAGGGUUUGUGCAUGUGAGAGAGAUGGACGAGUGAGAACUUGCCAUGCUGAAGCUUUCCUCUCCUCAGCUGGUUUGAGCACAGGAGCUUUAAUUGCAAUCCUGCUCUGCGUCGUCAUUCUUCUUGCAAUUGUGGUCCUUUUCAUCACCUUAAGACGUAGCAAGAAGGAGCCCUUGAUCAUUUCAGAAGAAGACGUACGGGAAAAUGUUGUGACAUAUGAUGAUGAGGGCGGUGGAGAGGAAGAUACAGAAGCAUUUGACAUCACAGCACUGCGGAAUCCAUCUGCUGCUGAAGAGCUAAAAUACCGGAGGGAUGUUCGUCCUGAAGCAAAGCCUGUGUCAAGGCAUCAUCCCUCCUCAAGCCUUGACAGUAUAGAUGUUCAGGAGUUCAUUAAACAAAGACUGGCAGAGGCUGAUCUGGACCCCAGCGUGCCCCCGUAUGACUCCCUGCAGACAUAUGCCUAUGAGGGUCAUAGAUCAGAAGCUGGAUCUAUCAGCUCUCUGGAUUCGGCCACAACACACUCUGACCAGGAUUAUAAUUACCUUGGAGACUGGGGACCUGAGUUCAAGAAGCUAGCUGAACUCUAUGGGGAAAUAGAAUCAGAGAGAACAACUUAG